AUCCCAAGACAAAAUAAAAAAAAAACAUCACCUUUUUCCCCAUUCGCCAGAGAAAGAAGAAUCUCCUUCUCUUUCACUCACUCCACACUCUCUCUGAGAGAGAGAGCCUGAGAAAACCCUCCCCAAAAUCCAUCAAUCAAUCGCUUUCCCCAAUCAAAAGCCCUAAUCUUUCUCUUUCUCUUUGUCUUUCCAAUGGCGAUCCAGGAGAGGCUGCUCCAGUUCAAGCUCCACAUCAUCAUCGCCGCCAUCUCCGCCGUCGCCCUCUUCUCACUCCUCCGCCAUGGCCCUAGCUUCUCCACCGUCCUCAGCUUCUUCUGGCCGUUGCUUCUAUCCACCGGCUUCUUCCUUGCUGCCGUCGCCCUUCUCCUCCGCAUCUCCCCUCCGCCUUCUGACGACGCCGUUCCCUCCCCUGGCGAGGAUCUCAUCGACUAUGUCUCCUCCGGCCUCCCGGAACCUCACUGCAGCGUCGAAGACGAACUCGCCGGAGACGAAGAAGAAGAAGAGGAACAGAAGGGAGACCACAAGAAGUCGCAGUAAGAUGUUCCGCUGGUGCAGGUUAAGACCCCCCUCUGAUAAUUGUUGUACUUCUGUCUCUGUGAGUGACUCUUGGGAGGGGUAAAAUUGUACAUUUUUGUACUGUUUUAAGGCUUUUUUUUUUGGGGAAAAUAAAUUUAGUAGCAUUUCAGAAAUUAUAUUUGAGAGCUUUA